AUGGCAGGCAGUCUCUCCUACCAAGAUGAUAUUAGCCAAACAACAAGGCAGCAGCAAGAUGAGAUCACACAACUGCGCCAGCAGCUUAGGCAGCAGCAAGACGAGAACGAACAACUACAUCAACAGCUCAGGCUCGCAUCAGAGUGCAAGGAAGGGAUGUUCUCGAAGCGCUUGGAAAAGGCAGUCAACUUCGAUGCUGCUCCACAGCUCAAUGCAGCGGAAGCCCACAAGCGCAGUGCAUACUUACUUGGCGAAGCCGUACAGGCGGCAAAGAGGACUGAGGAAGUUGAGCAGGAGCGAGAUCUGCUAGAAGUUGCUCUUAGUCUCAGACACGAUCAGGAGAUGAAGCUUCGCUUGGAAUUCCAGCAGAAGAUGAGGCAGCUAUCCACCGAGAGUAAACAAGAUACUAGUACGGCGCAGUGA